AUGGCCACGGUCAAGUUUCCAUCGUAUGCGGAUGCGUGCCGCAUCAAAGUGGACUCGGCCAACGGCGACGUCCCGUGCAAGAUUUGGAUCGAAAACAAGGUCAACAAAAGCCAGUGGUCUUGCGUUGUGACUGACACGAAAGACCACGCCCCCAAGUCAGCCUCGUAUGUCCUGCCCUCCACUGCCGAAGCGUUGGUUGCUGUGACCACUGGUGGCAAAGUUGCCAAGCCUGCCACGCAAGGAGCUGCCGUGGACAUGACAGUGGGAACAAAGGGACAUCUCGAGCUGACGUUGACAAUGCAAGCAUUUGCGAAGCUGUCGGCCAAGUACAAGUUUGACUUGAAGCCUGUGGAGGUCUCCACCACGGAGAAGUUGGAGGCAAAGAUUCGAGACUUGCAAGAUGAAGUCGCGGCGUUGAAAGAAUCGCACGACCACGCCCAGUUUUGUACUGAAUUGGUCGAACUCCGACAGAACUUGCGCAGCCGGGGCUAUUACAGUGCUGGCAAUAUGUAUAAGACCACCUUAAAAUGGUGA